AAAGUUUCCCUCACUAGAGCUGUCCCGGUGCCAAACCACGUGCAGACAUUUCCAGCAGCGCUAGCAUUGCAUCUUGCCGUGGCUGAGCCAGGCUGCUCCCCUGGGAAAGACACGCUGCCGUGCCAGGAAGGAGACUGCGAGCGGCAGGGCCGUGCUGCUGCCCCCCACCCCGCUGCGACACCCGUAAGCAUCACACAUGGGGUGCUCCACGAGGUCUAAAUCCCCACCCGGGCAUCUGACCCCGAAGCAGCGUCCUGGCUGGUGCUGAGCCAUCCCACGCCGGCUGGCAGCUCCCCUUGGUGCUGAGCGUGCCGGCGCAGGCUCGCUUUCGCCGAGCGCUGUUUAAAUACCACAGAGCGCUCCAGAGCUCACCCCACCUCCGAGGCCAACAGAAACGCGCUGCUGUCCCGAGAAAGCCUGGAGCCUGCCAGCAGCACGGGAUGGUGUGCCAAAAAGGACCUCAGCAUCCAGGAAUGUAAGAGCAGAAAGUGCAGCGGAGGAAUUUGGGGCUGGUAGGCGGGCGUGCCAGGGAAUGAGGACCGGAGCUCCCGGUGUUUGGGAUUACGAAUCUAACGGUGAAGUAAUCGCCCUUGGGACAGAACCAGAGCAGUCUGGCACCGUGGAGGACACCUCUUUGCAGGGCUCCCAGCAAGUCCCUGGCAGCAAGAUUGCAGCCCCCCAGGAAUGAGAAACCUCCACUCCUGAAGACACCAGCCUUGAGUUUUACGUUGCGCCAAGCCUCUGCCCCCACCCUGGCCGGCCCUGCCCACCAUGGCGUUGUGUCUCAAGCAAGUCUUCAACAAAGACAAAACGUUUCGUCCCCGAAAGAAGUUUGAGCCGGGCACCCAGCGCUUCGAGCUGUACAAGAAAGCCCAGGCCUCCCUCAAGUCCGGGCUGGACCUGAAAGCGGUGGUGCAGCUGCCUCCAGGUGAGAGCAUCAAUGACUGGAUCGCCGUGCACGUGGUGGACUUCUUCAACCGCAUCAACCUCAUCUACGGCACCAUGUCGGAGUACUGCACGGAGAAGAGCUGCCCCAUCAUGUCGGGUGGGCUCAAGUAUGAGUACAGGUGGCAGGACGAUAGCAAAUACAAGAAGCCGACCAAGCUGUCAGCCCCGCAGUACAUGUGUAUGCUGAUGGACUGGAUUGAGAUGCUCAUUAACAACGAGGACAUCUUCCCCACCAGGAUAGAAAGAAAUGACAGAACGAAUCUGCCACUGAAACAUUUUGGCAGGCGAACUCAGCUGGCUCAUUCGGAGUCCAAUGGGACAAGACAUCCUGUGGUGGGAGACCUCUUCCCAAGGACCCGCUCUGGGCAUUUCAACUCAAUGAACUAUGAACACUGCAGAAGAGCCUCUUCAGGCCAGGGCCAAAUUCUAAGCUUGCCAAGCAUCAGAUAUAUAUUUUUUUUUUAAUAGAUCCCAGCCUCUGUUGUAUGGUUCCUGUCUUAGAAAGCCACUGACUUACUGGAGAACAAGGCAAGCUUGGUUGACUUUUGCACACUCUGGUUUCUAAGACUCAAUCCCAUGUCUGAUAACAUCCCUUCAGCUACCUUUCCUCUUGUUUUGUCCUCGGCUACACUGAUUUCCAAAUGUUUUAUUAGUGAUUCCUGCCCCGUGAGCAGGCGUGACCUUGGCUACCGAGCAAUGCCUGUUACCUUUCCCCGGUGCAGUGGGUUUAUGAUAACAUCUGAGAUCAGCUCUGCAAAGCUGGUGACAUUUGAUCCCAACUGCCUUCAUGUGGUUAGUUGCUGAUGUACUGUUUCUAACCAUGAGCUAUGAACGUCUCUUCUUCUGCCCUAAGUCAUGCUUUACCAAAGGGACCCUUUUUCUCCCCAAGGGAUUUUUCACACUUGGCUGAGGGGACUUCACAAUGUUCUAAGAUGCAUCCAACACUGCUUGGACUAAUGGCAAGGCGGCCCCAUGAGAGAGGAGGUGAACUAGGCCACUUUUCAGUGUGAUCAGCACAGUCUACCUGAGAAAGACUCAGAAAGUGGGGGAAACAACAUUUUCAGCACGUCAGCAUUUCCUGACAUGUUGUCUUGGCUCAAGAUCAGCAGAUGCUGGCUGUAGAAAUUGUUGGGUUUCCAUUAUCCAACCCUACAGCAUAGUAAAUCAGGUGGAGAAGGACUUCAGGAGACAUCUAAUCUACCCUGUUCUUCCAAAAAGGCAGGAACAGUCUUUCUUGAACCUUUUUGACCUUUUGAAAGGACACUAUUGCUACCUGGUCUGUGCCACUAUUCCCCUGAAAGGUAUCACACCUCAAAAUUUCUUCCCCUUCUGCUUGCAAUGCCCGAUAAACUAGUGUUGUGUUCCCUGUGCCAUUUUUCUUUUGACAAGAGUUGACAUCUUUUUUUUUCUUUUUUUACUGUUUUUGGGAAGUUAAAAUCAAAUUGUCUGAGCCACAGCAUUUUUACGUUUGUGUUUCCUGUCCUUUUUCUGGGAAAGUUUUGUAUACUAGGCACAGCUGAUAUUUAUAAUCUGGGGUUUGCCCACUUUUGGGGUAGGGAGGUUGUGGCUAAAAAAUGUAAAUAUUUAGGCCAACAUUAAAGUGCACAAGUGAAU